AUGCUGCGUACUCUGGGAACCAGACUGCCCAGGAGGCUGCCGACGCUCCAGUCGGCGGCUUUCCGGCCGCUGUCUGUUUCGGCGCCGAGAUUCGACCUCAAGAAGCCCGAGGACAUCGAGGAGCUUAUCGCGCCCCGGGAAAGGGUCGAGAAACUCCGGAAAGAGAUGGAGGCCAAGUACGGCGACAAGCUGAAGAACAAGGUCAAGGCCCUCGACCAGCUGAAGCAGAAGGUCCAGGCGCCGAGCGUCCAGGCCAAGCUCAAGGCGAAGAAGUACGCCGAGGAGGAGGCUAAGCGCGCGGAGGAGCUGCGCAAGGCUUCCGCCGCCGAGGCCGAGCAGAACGCUGCGGACGAGGCUGCCAACCGUGAGGAGCGCAUUCAGGAGCGACAGCGUCAGGCGCAGGCCGCCGGCGACCGCUCCGGAGUCAAGCCCCUCGCCUCGAUCAUCAACAUGCCCCUCCUCCUCAUGACGCCUCACACGAAGGAGCAGAUUGGCAGCAUCUGGAACGCCUACCACACGACGCACAAGACGCUCGCUCCCUCGUAUCUCUCGGCUUGUCUUCCGUUGUCGACGUACGAGAGCAUGAUCGCCGUCGCGAAGCAGCACCCGCAGUUCGUCCUUCCCCUUCCCCGUCAGGGUGAGGACGGCAAGGAGGGCUGGGAAAUGUUCUUCAUGCAGUGGCUGUUCCACCAGACGCCUUCCUCACCUCCGACUGCCGACAAGAAGGGCAACGAACCCCUUCCCCCUAUUGCCAGCGUCAUCUUCACCCCCCUCGAGGAGUUCAAGGUCGCGGGCGAGUGGGCUCAGCCGUACCUCACCCUCACCUUCUACCCGGACUUUGGCAAGACCCACGAUCUGGUGCUGAUGCGUGGCGAGAUCGCCGCGCACUCGACGAACGGCCCGCCCGAGGCGAAGAACAACCCCGGCUUCCUCCUCGGCCAGCAGGAGGCGCAGCUCCUCGCCAUGGCGCUGCAGCGCUUCUACUGCUCCGAGCUGGAGCCGCCGAGCGAGGUCAGCAUCGACAAGGACAACCGCCUUGCGCGCCGCCAGACGCUCAAGGACUUUGUCGAGCGCCCCGAGGAGUGGAACUGGCAGAACCUCAUCGACCAGGCGUACAGCGCAUAG